AUGAAUUUCGACCAGAUCCUCUCUGCCGUCGGAGGCUUUGGAAAAUUUCAGAAAAUUCUGUACAUCUGGAUUUGUUUACCCCAAAUCCUCCUCGCGUUCCAUAUGAUGGUGAGCGUCUUUACUGGAUCCACGCCGCCCCACCACUGCCGCGAGAGCUCGAUCUCAGUAGCCGGGAAUCAGUCCCAUUUCCCCGGUACGCUCAGCCUGAACUUCAGCCUCUCGGAUGGCUCCUGCUUUUCAUCCGAUGAUCUGCUGGAGAGCAACCGGACUGAGCGUGUCCCUUGUACCCAGGGAUGGGUGUACAGCCAGGACACUUUCCAGAGUACAACAGUCACCGAGUGGGACCUGGUGUGUAAUAACGCUGGACUGAACAGUCUCAGUUCAUCUAUCUACAUGUUUGGCCUGUUGGUGGGAUCUGUGCUAUUUGGAGCCAUGGCUGACAGGUACGGCCGGCGUUUCAUCCUGCUGCUGUCCAUCGCUCUUCAGACUGGGUUCGGAGUCGCUGCGGCCUUUGCGCCUACCUUCUCCAUCUAUGUAGUUCUUCGCUUCCUGGUUGGCACCACGGUUUCCGGAGUCAUCAUCAAUGCCUUUGUGCUCGGCACUGAGUGGACGUGCACCAAGAGGCGCAUGCUAGCCGGUAUCUUCACUGACUACGCAUUUGGUCUGGGCUACAUGCUGAUAGCAGGCAUAGCGUACUUUAUACGAGACUGGAGAAAGUUGCAACUGGCUAUAUCAGCCCCAGGCUUCCUGCUUAUCUUCUACAUAUGGGUGCUUCCUCAGUCUGCCAGGUGGUUGUUAGCCAAUGACAGGAUGGAGGAAGCCAUCGCACUCCUCCGCAAGGCAGCACUUGUUAACGGCCGGGUCUUACCUCCUGCUGUACACGUUGAUAAGUGUCAGAUUUUGGAUGGAGGGAAGCAGAGUUAUUCAGCAGUGGAUCUAGUACGAACACCUCAGAUGAGGAAGAGGACUAUCAUCUUGUUCUACAUCUGGUUUGUGAAUGUGCUGGUGUAUUACGGCCUCUCUCUGGGCGUGUCCAAGUUAGGGACAAACCUCUACCUGACCCAGUUUGUGUUCGGGUUGAUUGAGGUCCCGGCUCGUUCUCUCGUCCUGCUUGUCUUGCCCUUCAGCCGCCGACUCUCCCAAAGCGGAUUCCUGGCCACUGGGGGGCUCGCCUGUCUGCUCAUGCUCGCUGUCCCUGCAGAUCAUCCCAAUGUCGUAACCGGUCUUGCCAUGGUAGGGAAGUUCGGUAUAACAGCUUCCUUUGCUGUAAUCUAUGUGUACACUGCUGAGAUUUUCCCCACUGUGCUUCGGCAAACAGGAAUUGGUGUAUCCUGUAUGUUUGCGAGGAUAGGUGGUGUCUUAGCUCCCAUUAUAAACAUGCUUCAUGACCAUAGCCCCACUAUGCCUCUGGUCAUCUUCGGUGUCUCCCCACUGCUGGGGGCUGUCCUGAGCCUGGCACUGCCCGAAACUGCUGACAGACCUCUGCCGGACACUGUGGAGGAUGCAGAGAACUGGGACAUGAGGUCGCCUCCCAACAAGGAGAACCCUGAGAUGUCUGAGGCUACGAGCCAAUCAGCCAACAGCACCGAGCAGCAGGAGUUACGACGCCUUGCCAAUCUGGCCUAAGCUGCACAUUUUACACUAUUCACAUAUUACACAGCCUCAACUUUGUUAACAGAUACAGCACUUACAUAACAAAACAUCCUCUAUGCAAUUACAUGUCAGGAUCUGAUUAAGAGCUCUAUGCAAACCAAACUACCAUGCAGGUGCACAUGCACAGAACAGGCAUUCUUAUAUGUGCUUCCGGGAUAAAUCAACAGCCUACUGUUUUAGCAGAUACAGGUAAACACUCGCAUAAAUCAAGAAUAGUCCUGUAUAAUCAUGUGCACUGCUCAGAUGUUUACACCUUUUAUUCAAAUGUUGAGAAGUGGUUUGAUAUAUUUUGCAUAUGUGGGGAAACAGAAUAAACGUCUUCCCUUCAGACUUUGCAGACACAAAUUUAAUAUAUAUAUAUAUCUAUCUGAUGGCACCAGCUUGGAGCUCAAAUCUCUAAACCUGGGCUCAUUUGAUGAAUCAGAUUGGCCAAGACAACUUCAGCACUUCCUCUCUAAUGCAGUACACAUAGUCCCAAGCAGCUAUUGUUAGGACUUCCUGUUUCAGGAUUGAAGGAUUUAUUACAUUUUUGCAUUAAAUAAAAACACUUGUGUAAUAUUUUUGUAUAAAAGUAUGACAUGUCUAUGGACUGUUUGUGGAAUACUUUAGGUGUAUCUUUUUUUUUUUUUUUAGUUUUGGGCAUUUUAGGCCUUUAAUUGACGGGACAGCUAAAGAUAAGGAAGGGGAGAUGACAUGAAGCAAAGUGCCACAAGUCAAGAGUUGAUCCUGGGCCCACUGCAUAGAUGACUAACCUCUAUAUAUGGGCGCCCACUCUACCAGCUGAGCUAUCUGGGCGCCCAACCUUGGUGUAUCUUAAUGCUGUAUUGAACAAACUGACUCGUUUUCUGUCCUCAUUCUCGAGCCAUGAGACAGAAAACCUAUUUUCAUUGCAUGUACUAAUUAACUUUAAGCCUAAUUUCUCAGAUUCAUGUAGCUCAUUUGUACAAUUUUAUUGAUACUAUGGGAUGGGACUGUGACCAGCAUGGGGUUUUAAAUGACUCACGUAUACAAAUUUGGAUUUGUGAAUUUCUUACAAUUUUCAUAAUUUUAAGUGUUUAAGGGCUGUUGUCUAUAUGAUUUGUGAUGCAUAAAAACAUGUUACUCAGGCAAAAUCUAAUAUUCCUGUAGCAAAGAUAUGAGGCCAGUAUGCUCAGAAUUCAUAGAAUCUCACACCAUUGCAUGAAUCUUGAUAGCAUGCCUCACUGCUGCCCACAGCAUUUGAGUAUGCGAGGUCACUGAAGCCAGCAAAUAGAAAACUUUCCUAUUUCUUUAUUGCAUUGAUUCCAGCCCAGUGCAUUUGAAGGCAACAAAUUAAAAAGCACAACAAAAA